AAAACAAGAUAUCGCUUCGCAAUGAAUAAAAAUCCCAAAUUAUAGGAAAAAAACCGAACCAAACAGUUUAGGUUAUAGAAAAAGAGAGAAAAAAAAAUCUUAAAUCGGAAUUUUGAAUCAUGAGUACAGAAUCAGUGAUCGAGUUUUUGUCUCACGUUCCAUUAUUACAGAGAUUACCGAGUUCAUCUCUUGAUAAGAUUGCUAAAGUCGUUCAAUUCAAAUAUUACAAACCAGGUGAAUAUGUUGUUAGAGAAGGAGAAAUUGGGGAUGGAAUUUAUCUUAUUUGGGAAGGAGAGGCUGAGGUACAUGGAUCUCAGAAUGUCGAAGGCGAAGAUCGUUCUGAGAUGCAAUUGAAAGCAUAUGAUUAUUUUGGUCAUGGGACUUCAUCAUCCUAUCACCAGGUUGACGUUAUUGCUUUGACUAAGCUAACUUGUUUGGUGUUGCCACAAGGGCAUAGUUCAUUGCUGCAACCGAAAUCAAUCUGGAGGGCAGAAGAGAAUCAAGAGACCUCACUGAUUGAACAUGUAUUGCAUUUGGAGCCAAUUGAAGUAAACAUAUUUCGUGGACUCACAUUGCCUGAUGCUCCAAGGUUUGCACAGGUUUUUGGAGGACAACUGGUUGGCCAGGCAUUAGCUGCAGCAUCAAAGACUGUUGAUUGCCGUAAGCUUGUUCAUAGUUUGCACAGUUAUUUUCUACUUGCUGGGGAUCUUGGCAUGCCAAUCGUAUAUCAAGUUCAUCGUCUGCGUGAUGGGAAUAGCUUUGCUACCCGACGAGUAGAUGCAUUGCAAAAGGGAAAUGUCAUAUUCACUCUGCUCGCUUCUUUCCAAAAAGAGGAAGUCGGGUUUGAGCACCAAGAAGUUACAAUGCCAUCUGCUCCUGCCCCAGAGAUGCUUCUGUCAAUGGAGGAGCUGCGAGAGAGACAAGUAUUUGAUCCUCGUCUUCCCAGGAACUAUCGGAACAGGGUGGCUACAAUGAAGUUCAUUCCUUGGCCUGUAGAUAUUAGAUUUUGCGAGCCAACUAAUUAUACAGCGCAAACUAAAGCUCGUGCAAGUACAAGAUUCUGGUUCAAAGCAAAGGGAACACUUUCUGAUGACCAAGCAUUACAUAGAUGUGUGGUGGCCUAUAUUUCAGAUCUUAUAUUUCUUUCUAUAAGCUUGAAUCCUCAUCGUAAAAGGGGUUUGAAGGCAACAUCGCUCAGUUUGGACCACGCGAUGUGGUUCCAUAGGUCUUUCCGAGCUGAUGAGUGGUUAUUAUACGUGAUUGAAAGCCCAUCUGCCAGCAAUGCGCGUGGAUUUUGUUCAGCUCGAAUGUUUAACCAGAAAGGGCAGCUUGUGGUGUCAUUGAUUCAAGAGGGUCUAAUUAGGACGGCUAAAGCACAACAACCAGUGGCCCAAUCAAAACUUUGAAAACGUUCACCUGAAGUUAAUACAGAUAUAUCUUUUACAGUGAGUAGAUACAAGUAUAUUUUUUUUACAGAGAGUAGAUUACUGUAUAUUUUUGUUGAUCCCUUUGAUAAAAAUUAUAGAAAUAAACAUCCCCAACAAAAUACUCGUUGUGACUUCUGAGUUAUUUAUUAAUCAAUAUAAUAUUUUCUUUUAAGUGCAA